ACGCGCUUUUAUAGCGCUUCAUUCGGGGUACCUUGUCCUACGGAUAUUUUUCUGGGAUUUGUUCUGAUACCUUGAAUGACACGAAUGCAUUUUCUGUGACGAAAUUAGGUUGCAUACCACUUAUGAAACGGGGAGUUUCACGGGGCCGGCAUUGCUGGAAUCGGACAUGGGAUACGAUCCUACGGGAUCGCGGAUUAUUUGAACUGCUUGAUAUGCAACGUCUACGAUUCCUGCGUCGUUGGUGGGGGAUUUACUCUUUUUUUUUUUGCUUUUACCUUGUGUACUAUUCGCUCCUACAGUCCUACUUUAUUUCUCAAACUGUAUUACUAUAAAUUGAUAAGUUUACAAGUAAACAAAUACUUUUGACCCGACU